AUGGCACGAGAGACUAAUAACUAUGCCCUGCUGUUUAUUGACAACCCUGUUGAAAUUUCACCAUCAUCCAGGUUCAGGAAAUGGAAGGACACUACAGAGGAGGAGAUGAAGGUGUUUGUUGCUAUUGAGAUUGCCAUGGGACUCUGCUCUAAAAAUCGACUUACUGAUUACUGGGAUAGAUUCUGGCUAACUCAAACUCCGUCUUACACUGAAGUGAUGCCACGGGACCGCUACCAUAUCCUACGUUCAUUUCUGCACUUCUGUGAUAACGAAGGACAACAUCCGAGGGGUCAUGACCUCUAUGAUCCGUUGUACAAGAUUCGCCCCGUAAUUGAUCUCGUUAAGGAUACCUACCUGGACGCCUAUGUGCCACAUCAAGAGAUAUCGGUGGAUGAGAUAAUGAAAGGGUUCAAAGGACGUCUGAGUUUCAAAGAGUAUAUUCCUAAUAAACCCAAAAAGUGGGGAAUAAAGAUUUGGUCACUCUGUGAUUCUAGAAAUGGUUUUAACCUUAGAUGGUAA